ACGCAUGCCACACAGCAUACCAAAUUGUGUAUAUAAAAGAAAACUUGCAAAGGAUCCCUACAAUCAACUGAAAAUCUUCCUAUCUUGUGCUGUCCUAGGCAAAGAUCACAAAGUAAAAAUGUCUGGAGUUAAAGGAGGACAUCAGAAAACCCAAUGCAAGGACCCUUGCCAGAAGCAGACAAUCUGCCAGGAUCCAUGCCAGAAGCAGACCAUCAGCCAGGAUCCAUGCCAGAAGCAGACUAUCUACCAGGAUCCAUGCCAGAAGCAGACCAUAUGCCAAGACUCAUGCCAAGAUCCCUGCAAGCCUAUACAGCAGUGCCAAGGAUAUCAAAAAGAUCCUUGCAACCCCUGUGUUCCUGAUCCUUGCCAGUCUCAAGGAAAAUAUUACUGAAAUGACAAACCUGAGGGCAUAGAAGAAGCAAUGUUGCCUUUGAUGUUAAUAAGAACUUAUAUGCCUUAAAUUAUAAAUGUAACUGAAAUAUUUUGCUUGCUUAUCAAUAAAGGUUUUCUGUUGCAAUUC